AUGUACGUCAGGAAGCGUGACGGGCGCCAGGAGCGCGUCCAAUUCGACAAAAUCACGGCCCGCGUCUCGCGUCUGUGCUAUGGUCUUGACAUGAACCAUGUCGACCCCGUGGCCAUCACACAGAAGGUUAUUGCGGGUGUCUACCCGGGCGUCACCACCGCCCAGCUCGACGAUCUGGCUGCCGAGACUGCCGCUUACAUGACGGUCACCCACCCCGACUACGCCGUCCUGGCUGCCCGUAUCGCCGUGUCGAACCUCCAUAAGCAAACAAAGAAGCAGUGGUCGGCCGUCAUCCAUGACCUGUACCACUACGUCAACCCCAAGAACGGCAAGCCGUGCCCCAUGAUCUCCAAGGAGACAUACGAGUGUGUUAUGCGCCACAAGGAUGAGUUCGACUCGGCCAUUGUCUACGACCGUGACUUCAACUACCAGUACUUCGGCUUUAAGACCCUUGAGAGGUCCUACCUGCUCAAGAUCGAUGGCAAGAUCGUCGAGCGUCCUCAGCACAUGAUCAUGCGCGUGGCUGUUGGCAUCUGGGGCGACAAUGUCGAGAGGGUCAUCGAGACGUACAACCUCAUGUCCAUGAAGUUCUUCACCCAUGCCUCGCCGACCCUGUUCAAUGCCGGCACUCCUCAGCCCCAGCUCUCGUCCUGCUUCCUCGUGGACAUGAAGGAGGACAGCAUUGAGGGUAUCUACGACACCUUGAAGACUUGCGCCAUGAUCUCGAAGAUGGCCGGCGGCAUCGGUCUUAACAUCCACCGUAUCCGUGCUACCGGUUCCUACAUCGCCGGUACCAACGGCACCUCCAACGGCAUCAUUCCCAUGCUGCGCGUCUUCAACAACACCGCCCGCUACGUCGACCAGGGUGGUAACAAGCGCCCUGGCGCCUUCGCCAUCUACCUUGAGCCCUGGCAUGCUGAUGUCUUCGAGUUCCUCGACCUGCGCAAGAACCACGGCAAGGAGGAGGUCCGCGCUCGUGACCUGUUCCUGGCCCUCUGGAUUCCCGAUCUGUUCAUGAAGCGCGUCGAGAAGAACCAGGACUGGACCCUCAUGUGCCCCAACGAAUGCCCUGGUCUUGCUGACUGCUACGGCGAGGAGUUCGAGGCUCUCUACGAGAAAUACGAGCGGGAAGGCCGUGGUCGCAGGACCGUCAAGGCCCAGAAGCUCUGGUACCACAUCCUCGAGGCCCAGGUCGAGACGGGCAACCCCUUCAUGCUCUACAAGGACCACUGCAACAGGAAGAGCAACCAGAAGAACCUCGGCACCAUCCGCUGCUCGAACCUGUGCACGGAGAUCAUUGAGUACUGCGCUCCGGAUGAGGUUGCCGUCUGCAACUUGGCGUCUCUCGCCCUGCCUGCCUUCGUUGACUACAACGAGGGUCGUUAUGACUUCCAGAAGCUGCACGAGGUCACUCAGGUCGUCGUGCGCAACCUGAACCGUAUUAUUGAUAUCAACCACUACCCCGUCCCCGAAGCCCGCAAGAGCAACUUGCGCCAUCGCCCCAUUGGUGUUGGUGUCCAGGGUCUAGCUGAUGCCUUCCUUGCGCUGCGCAUGCCUUUCGAAUCCCCUGAGGCUCGUGAGCUCAACAAGCAGAUCUUCGAGACCAUUUACCACGCCGCUCUCACUGCCUCGUGCGACAUUGCUAAGGAGGAGGGUCCCUAUGAGACGUAUGAGGGCUCUCCCGUCUCUCAGGGCAUCCUCCAGUACGAUAUGUGGGGUGUCACCCCCAGCCCGCUCUGGGACUGGGAGUCACUCAAGGCUAAGAUCAAGAAGUACGGUGUGCGCAAUAGCUUGCUGGUUGCUCCUAUGCCGACUGCCUCGACAUCCCAGAUUCUGGGCAACAACGAGUGCUUCGAGCCCUACACCUCCAACAUCUACCAGCGCCGUGUCCUGGCCGGCGAGUUCCAGGUUGUCAACCCGUGGCUGCUCAAGGAUCUCGUUGAGCUUGGCCUGUGGUCUGACAACAUGAAGAACCGCAUCAUCGCCGAGGGCGGCUCCAUCCAAAACAUUCCCAACAUCCCCGCCGACAUCAAGGCACUCUACAAGACUGUCUGGGAGAUCUCCCAGAAGACCAUCGUCCAGAUGGCCGCUGACCGCGGUGCCUUCAUCGACCAGUCACAGUCGCUCAACAUCCACAUGCGCGAGCCCACUAUGGGCAAAAUUACCAGCAUGCACUUCACCGGCUGGAAGCUCGGUCUCAAGACCGGCAUGUACUACCUGCGCACCCAGGCCGCCGCGCAGCCCAUCCAGUUCACCGUCGACCAGGAGGCCCUGCGCGUCCAGGACACCACCACCGCCAAGCCUGUGUCGGGCCUGCCCAGGAAGCGUGCCCCGCCCAACCCUAGCUUCGUGUCCUCCCCCAGCGCCAUCCCCCGCACCCUGGCCUACCGCCCGGCCGAGACUGCUGCUGCAGCCGAUGGCUCUGCCACCGCCGGCACGGCUACGCCUACUACCCCGACCAGCAGCAUCUCGCGCCCCGUCAGCUCGCCUAACAAGCCGCCGGCUUUUAAGGCGGACAUGCCCGAGGGCGAUAGCCCUAAGGCGCUGCCGACCGAGCCGGCGGAUAAGCCUAAGUUGGAGGAGAUCAGCUCGCCUGGGCUGGAUGGCAAGAAAGAGAGCCAGGCGGAGGAUAAUGAGGAUGAGAGCAAGGAGAGGGAGAUGGAUAUCUAUUCGGAGGCUGUUCUUGCUUGCAGCAUUGAGAACCCUGAGGCCUGCCUCAUGUGCAGCGGUUAG